CUGAUCACCGUGCGGGGGCUCAACCUGCUGCGGCGCUGCCCCGUCGUGCUCUAUGCGGGCUCGCUGGUGCCGCCGAUGAUCCUCGCGGAAGCCCCGGCGGGUGCGCGCAUCGUCGAUACCGCACCGCUCGAUCUCGACGCGAUUAUGGCCGAGAUGGAGCAGGCGGCGGUCGAGGGCCACGAGGUCGCACGGCUGCAUUCCGGCGAUCCCUCCCUCUAUGGCGCUAUCGCCGAGCAGAUGCGCCGCCUCGACCGGCUCGGCAUCCCCUACGACGUGACCCCCGGCGUGCCCGCCUAUGCGGCGGCGGCGGCGGCGCUCAAACAGGAACUGACGCUCCCCGGUAUCGCCCAGACCGUGAUCCUGACGCGGACCGCCGUGCGCGCCUCAUCCAUGCCCGACGACGAGCGGCUGGAGCACCUCGCCGCUGCCGGCGGCACGCUCGCCAUCCACCUCUCGAUCAACAACCUCGCGAAGGUGACGCGCACGCUGAUCCCGCACCGCGGGGCGGACUGCCCCACGUCGUCGCCUACCGCGUGA